CACUGGCCCCCAAACUCGCAGGGUCCGGGGCUUUCGGGGGAGCAUCCAGGGGCUGGGAAAGAGGGAUCUCCCCGGAGCCGGAUCCCGGCCCGGGGGUGUUACAGAAGCCGGUGGGAUGCGGCUGGCGGCACUGAGGGACCCGCGCGGCAAAGCAGGAGUGAUUUGCAGCCCCGAGUUUGCUCUCUGUAGCACUUGGGAUGUCCUUUUCCCCCCUCCUCUCCUGAUUUUUCCCAUGGGAUGAUAAUACCGGAUCCCAUGGGGCUCUGCGGGCCCCCGCUGAGCCUGGCUGCUCCCUGACCUCCCUCCCUGCCGUCAUCGUCCUGCGAUUGCCGGGCCGGUGACGCGGCUGAUAAAGGCUUAAUGAUUGCCUAGUUCGCCGUCCUGACGUGCCGUCCCCAUCCCGCGUCCGCCCUGCCCCGGCUCCGUCGGCGCGUGGCUACGCUGGUGCUCUGCAUUCGGCCUGCCCGAGCCCCUCCGGCCGCCCCAUGGUGCAAGGAGCGGGGCUGGUGCCCACAGCCUCCGCUGCGCCCGGGGCUGCAACCGGUUUCACGUUCCCACCUCUGUUCCUGGAAGGAAGGAGCUCGGUUCCAGUCCUCGCCCAGGGGCCUUCAGCUCCUCCCUGGAGAUAGGAGAUAUCGGCCCCUUUCGCCGGUGGUUUGCAAAGUCUCUGCUGGCCGGAGCCGUCCGUGUGCGGACGACAGCCGGGAGAGCGUGCCAGCCGCCUCCGGAGCAAUCCCGGCGGUGGAGCCGGGCUCUGGCAGGGCGCCGGGCUGGCAGCGAGCCCCUCAGAGCAGCCGGGAGCACCUUGAAGAGCUGCUCCGCGAAGAGCCGCUCGCCGACAGCUUCCCUGCACUUUGUCCCUUCGCCGGACGGUGCCGAAACGGGAGCAGCGCGCAGAGGCGGUGUGAAAGCAGCGGCUGCUCCCGGUCUCCGGGCGAAGGGACCAAAGUUUGCAGGAACGCGCUGUGGUGGGGGGUGGUUCCCAUCAAACUGAGCCCGGGAGGCGAAACCGAGACCUGGCAGAGGGGUUUGAAGUGCGGAGAGCAGAUAAAGAUGACCUGCCAGACACAAUAGGAAGUGCGAAGGUCCAGGAUUUCAGCUCAGUCAUUUCAGCGAAGCUUUUCUCUUUGAUGUGGUGCCCUGACACGGGCAUGAGCAGGAGAGACGGCCCGUGAUGGCGGAGAGCAGCAGCUUGGAGCACCCUGGCCUGGAUAAGGCAGCCGGCGAGGAGUUCCUGCAGGAAGCCUUCCAGAUCCUCCUGGAAGAGGUGGUCAGGAAGGGUACGGAUGCGACAGAGAAGGUCUGCGACUGGAAGGAGCCCCAGGAGCUGCAGGAGCUGCUGGACCUGGAGCUGAGGAGCCACGGGGAGCCGCGGCAGAGAGUGCUGGAGCGCUGCCGGGACGUCAUCCGCUACAGCGUGAAAACCUGUCACCCUCGCUUCUUUAACCAGCUGUUUUCCGGCCUGGACCAUCACGCCCUGGUGGGACGCAUGAUCACGGAGGCCCUCAACACCAGCCAGUACACCUACGAGAUCGCCCCGGUGUUCGUGCUCAUGGAGGAGGUGGUGCUGGCGAAGCUGCGGGAGCUGGUCGGCUGGAGCAGCGGGGACGGCAUCUUCUGCCCGGGUGGCUCCAUCUCCAACAUGUUCGCCAUGAACGUGGCGCGGUACCACCGCUUCCCGGAGAGCAAGCACAGGGGCAGCUGGGCCCUGCCGCGCCUGGUGCUCUUCGCCUCGCGGGAGAGCCACUACUCCAUCCAGAAGGGAGCCGCGUUCCUGGGCAUCGGCAUCGACAACAUCUACCUGGUCGGCGUUGACGAGAGGGGGAAGAUGAUCCCCGAGGAGCUGGAGAAGGAGAUCAAGAGGGCGAAAGCCGAGGGCGCCGUGCCUUUCUUCGUCAGUGCCACCUGCGGCACCACGGUCCUGGGCACCUUCGACCCGCUGCAGGGCAUAGCAGACGUGUGCCAGCGCCACGGCAUCUGGCUCCACGUGGAUGCCGCUUGGGGCGGCAGCGCCCUGCUCUCCAGGAAGCACCGGCACCUCCUGGCCGGCAUCGAGAGGGCGGAUUCGGUGGCCUGGAACCCCCACAAGAUGCUGACGGUGGGUUUGCAGUGCUCGGCCUUCCUGCUCCGAGACAGCUCCGGCCUGCUGCAGCGGUGCCACGGGGCCAGCGCCACGUACCUCUUCCAGCCCGACAAGUUCUACGACGUGUCCUACGACACGGGCGACAAGACCAUCCAGUGCGGCCGCAGGGUGGACUGCCUCAAGCUCUGGCUGCUCUGGAAGGCCGUGGGGACGGAGGGGCUGGAGAGACGCGUGGACCGGGCCUUCGCCUUCACCAGGUACCUGGCCGAGGAGGUGAAGAGGAGGGAUGGCUUCCAGCUGGUGCUGGAGCCGGAGUUCAUCAACCUCUGCUUCUGGUUCGUGCCGCCCAGCCUGCGCGGCAAGGAGGGCUCCGCCGAUUACUGGUCCCGGCUGGACAAGGUGGCUCCCGUGAUCAAGGAGCGGAUGAUGAGAACGGGCUCCAUGAUGGUGGGUUACCAGCCGCACGGCGCCAGGGUCAACUUCUUCCGCCAGAUCGUUACCAGCCCCGCGGUGACCAGGGCGGACUUGGACUUCUUCCUGGACGAGAUCGAGAGGCUCGGCAGGGAUCUGUAGGGAGCCCGGGGACCUCGUGCGGCCCCCGCUCGGCUCCGUGGCCGCCUCCGGCUCCUCUUCGCGCUGGAAGGCCAUGGCGAAGGCUGGCUCGGGCGCAGACCGCUGUUCCCUGCCCCGUCCUCCGCGAGCCGCUGCCUAACGCGCUCCACCCCACCUCAACGUUAACCUGGGCCGUGAUCGUGUUCCCUCGGCUUCUCCCUGAUUCAUCCCCCUCUCCUCCCUCUUCCUUGGACAUCGUCCCAGCCUGAGAGCCUGGAGCGAGGGCGUUCAGGGAGUCGGAAGAGGGGACGAUACUGGAUAUUGGACACUUAUGGGCUCGUGCUCCAGCAAAGUCAACGCUUGGCCAGACCCGCCGCCCCCCAGGCCGUGUCCUGCAACGGGCGUCCUGGACGGCAGCGUCUGCGCGUCCGCCCGGAGAUGCUUUCACUGUGAUUCCGGCAGGAAUUUCUCCUGCUCUGCCCAGGGCUGUCUGAACGGCCGAACCCCCCCCUUGGAGCUCCCCGUGCCCCCCGGCUUCUCUGCGUCCCCACGUCACUCCGUCCGGGCAGAGCACUUGGAUCAACUCUUAAUAAAUGUGGAGUAAUCGUA